CGGGCUUUAGAUUAGAAAAAUGUCUUCAUUUGCGAUAACGGACGUACGCAACGCUGCGUAAACAUGAUAUAAAUUUUAGCAUCAAAUCUUUGUCUUAAUACAUGCGUUUAGUAUUCAAGUACGCGUGGUGUUAACUUGUCAGUUGUGAAUCAAAAUGUCAUCGGAAAGGAAUUACAGUUUUCAAACUGGGCAGAAAAAUACAUUUUCAGUAGUUGAUUAUGUUAUAUUUGGUGCUACUUUGGCUAUUUCGACGUUUAUUGGAUUUUUCUAUGCCAUCAAGGACAGGAAGAUUUCGGACACCAAACUUUUCCUACUUGCUGGCGGGAAAAUGAAUUUUGUACCAGUUUCCAUGUCGCUCUUAGCUAGUUUUAUGUCGGCAAUCACUUUGCUUGGGACGCCGGCGGAGAUGUAUAACUUCGGGACGAUGUAUUGGUGGAUAGGAUUGUCAUAUGCCGGUGCAGUAGGGAUGGCGGCACAUAUAUACGUUCCUAUAUUCUACAGACUGAGACUUACUUCCUGUUAUGAGUACCUUGAAAAGAGGUUCAGUCGAGGUGUACGUCUUCUGGGCUCGUGCAUAUUUUCUCUACAGAUGAUUAUCUACAUGUCAAUUGUACUCUAUGGGCCAUCUUUAGCACUAAAUGCAGUGACAGGUCUGUCUUUAUGGGGAGCAGUGUUGUCUGUGGGAAGUCUUUGUACAAUCUACACGGCAGUUGGCGGUAUGAAGGCGGUACUGUGGACUGAUACAUUCCAAACAACAAUGAUGAUAACCGGUCUACUUGCAACACUGAUACAAGGAUGUAUAGAGAUGGGUGGCUUCAUUAACACCUGGCAAAUUGCCAAAGAAAAUGAAAGGGUGUAUUUUGACGAUUUUCGAGUUGACCCUGGUGUACGUCACAGUUUCUGGUCGUUGACUGUCGGGAGUGCCUUCCUGUGGGGGAGCGUCUAUGGGACUAAUCAAGCCCAGGUACAACGCUCACUCAGUUGUGGUACACUGAGAGACGCCCAAAUAGCUCUGUGGAUCAACUUUCCUGGUCUGUGUGUUAUACUGAUGCUAGCAUGUCUGGUUGGGGUGGUCAUGUAUGCGUUCUACAGUACGUGUGACCCAAUUAAGUUUGGCCUGAUCAUGGCGUCUGACCAGCUUUAUCCUCUGUUUGUUAUGGACCUUCUAAGUCACGUACCGGGAGUUCCAGGCCUCUUUGUCGCUUGUAUAUUCAGUGGGACACUAAGCACUAUAUCAUCAGGACUGAACUCAUUGUCGGCUGUCACCCUGACCGAUAUCAUCAGACCAGCGGUACCAGACAUGACGGAAUCCAGGGCAACAAAUAUUUCAAAAAUCAUUGCUCUUGUGUAUGGAGCCAUUUGCCUCGGACUCACGUACGUCGCGUCCAAACUUGGCAACAUUCUACAGGCAGCCUUGUCACUAUUCGGUAUGUUAGGAGCGCCAAUGUUGGGUCUAUUUACAUUAGGGAUGAUAUUUCCGUGGGCGAACUCCAAGGGUGCAUUUGCAGGAACUUUUUCCAGUCUAAUAGUAAUGUUGUGGAUAGGUGUAGGCGCCUACAUAACUAAGCCGGUGGCAUGGAAGCCUCCGAUCAGCCUAGAGGGGUGCAACUGGAAUCUAACCAGGGUCAACUCAGCCAUUAAUUCUUCACUCACAAUCUCAAACACAUCUGAUCUCACUCACGAAUUUGGAGGAUUUAAUCAAUCGAAUAUCAUUGCCGGAAUCUCAAAAAGUGCACCUGAAGGUAUUGAUAGGCUUUACACAUUGUCAUAUUUAUGGUAUAGUGCAACUGCACUAGCAAUCGUUGUCAUCGUCGGCAUGGUGGUCAGUCUGAUUACAGGUCGACAAGAUCCAAAGAAAAUUGAUGCCAGACUCAUAUGUCCAUUAUUUGAUGUCAUUUUCCCAUUUUUGCCAGAGAAGUUACGGAAACCUCUUAGAUUCGGAGUGAAACACGAUGGGAAAUACGAUACAGAGCCCAAGCACACCCAGGAACCAUUAAUGGAGAUAAAAGACGGGGAAAUACAGUUACCGAGCGUAGAAAUGGAACUAAAGUACUCGGCAAAACAUGACGACCUCAAAGCUUCUAAAUCUAGUUUUAGCUGUUUUAAAAAAUGAAACGGGUUGAUUUCUGAUUUGAAAUAGUCCAGAUAUUUAAUGAAACGUCGCAGACGCAGUAACCAGUUAUGAAUAUUUAAAAAAUGAAAAUGCGAUAUAGAGAUAAUUGGCGAUUUGAGGAUAACGUGUGCACGUAUGCCAGAUAAGUAAUGGGCUGCCUAAUACUGUAAGUCAUUCAAUUUCGUAGUUUUGACAAAAUGACUAUUUUGUGGGGACAUGAAUUCGUGUUUUUGAAAUUUUAAAGAGGAAGUAAAUGGAAAAAUUAUUCGUUAGGAUUUAAUACUUGGAUUGACGAAACCACGAAAUCUGCGAAAAUUAGCCCUCAACCCCCUGAACAUUAUUCAUUUCACGGUAUUUUGUCUAAGCAGCAAUUGUGUUUAAGUGGUUUGUAUUUGAAAAUAUGUUGAGACGUAAUAUUACUAUGCCCCUUUGCUGUUGAGAGACAUCUAUACGACACAUUAUAGCAUAAACAAGCAUUUAAAAUCGUAAGUUAUAAGACAUGUACUCGAGGCUAACAUGUGAUAAUAGCAAAAACAUAUUACAGCAGAAAUGAAUUUUGAGACGACAUGUUUAAGCGGUGUCCGCAUUUGGCUGUGAGGCGAUUGCAUCUUACGAACUAGUUAACAUGCAGUAUACUGUUCAUAUGAUGCAUCAAAUACUGUGUUCAAGAAAAGACACUGUUUUGAAAAAUAUGCUAUAAAUAUGUAUCUAGAGUAGAUUUUAUCAAAGAAUUUUUGUUUUAAGUGAAAUAAAGUCGUAACAAAACGGAUAGAUUUUAUAUUUUACCUGCCCCGAUCUGGCUUAAGAUCCGUUGUUUUCGCUUUAUAUGUAACUCGACUUAAAGUAGGUCGAAAUGGCAUCCGGCAAAAACGCUUCUAUUAAUUUAUUUCAGAAAUAAGGUCACUCAUUAUUAAGUCAAAUAAUAGAAGAGGUA